AUAUUUCUGAGCACCACAGGUGCGUUCUGUGUGGUCGGCUCACCAGGGAUUGAGCCACGAACAGCAUGAUAUGGGCACAUGGACCCUUGUUUUGGAGAGCAGCACAACAGCUGCACAAAAACCCUCCGCCAUGAUGCUGUGCUGCUUCCCGUAGCUGCACAGCCGACACGAACGAAUGAAUUAACGCCGAAGUGAGACACACAGCUGACUUCAGGAGUUGUUAUGCUAUUGAAGUGGUCUAGGGAUGCCCAAAGAGAAAUAUGACCCGCCUGAUGCCAGGCGGAUGUACACUAUCAUGUCCAGUGAGGAGGCAAACAGUGGGAAAAAAUCCAUCUGGGAUGGGCUUGAAAUAACUGGUAAUGUUCGGAGUCUCAGCUCGGGCCUUUGGUCGCUCACGCACCUCACUGCUCUGCACCUCAGUGACAACUCCCUUUCACGCAUCCCACCUGAAAUUGCCAAGCUGCACAACCUUGUGUUCUUGGACCUGUCGUCCAAUAAGAUCAGGAGCCUGCCAGCAGAGCUUGGCAACAUGGUGUCUCUCAGGGAACUGCUUUUAAAUAACAACCAGUUGCGGGUUCUGCCAUUCGAAUUGGGGAAAUUGUUUCAGUUACAAACACUGGGGUUAAAAGGCAAUCCACUUACUCAAGAAAUUAUGAGCCUCUACCAGGAGCCAGAUGGUACCAGGCGACUGCUAAGCUACCUUUUGGACAAUCUUAACGGUGCUAUCAAGCGCAUCCCAACAGAGCCACCUCCGUCUAGGUCCUGGAUUGUGCUGCAGGAGCCUGAAAGAACAAGACCAACAGCCCUGUUAACUGUAAUGUGCUACAACGUGCUGUGUGAUAAGUACGCCACACGUCAGCUCUACGGCUACUGCCCAUCCUGGGCCCUUAACUGGAGCUACAGGAAAAAGUCCAUUAUGCAGGAGAUCCUCAGCUGCAAUGCAGACGUUAUCAGCUUACAGGAAGUGGAGACAGAGCAGUAUUACAACUACUUCCUUGUGGAGCUGAGUAAACAGGGAUAUGAUGGAUUCUUCAGCCCAAAAUCCCGGGCCAGAACCAUGUCUGAAUCGGACAGGAAACAUGUAGAUGGAUGUGCAAUAUUCUACAAGACUGAAAAGUUCAGCAUGGUGCAGAAACACACAGUAGAGUUUAACCAACUGGCUAUGGCUAAUUCAGAGGGCUCAGAGGCUAUGCUGAAUCGGGUCAUGACCAAGGACAACAUUGGGGUGGCUGUGUUACUGGAGCUAAAGAAGGAGAUAAUGGAAUUGUCAUCAGGUAAGUCUGUCCAUGCUAUGGAGAAACAGCUCCUACUAGUGGCUAAUGCUCACAUGCACUGGGACCCAGAAUAUCCUGACGUGAAGCUGGUACAGACCAUGAUGUUCCUGUCAGAGGUGAAGAAUAUCAUAGACAAAGCCUCCCGCAGUCUGAAGCUCUCCUCUGUGUCUGGAGAAACCAACAGCAUCCCUUUGGUGCUUUGUGCUGACCUCAACUCACUUCCUGACUCAGGUGUAGUGGAGUACCUGAGCACAGGUGGGGUGGACUGCACACACAAAGACUUCAAGGAGCUGCGCUACAGUGACAGCCUGACCAACUUCAACUGCAACGGCAAAAACGGCACAUCAAACGGGACGAUCACGCAUGGUUUCAAGCUGAAGAGUGCCUACGAGAACGUGCUCAUGCCUUAUACCAAUUACACUUUUGACUUCAGAGGUGUCAUUGAUUACAUCUUCUACUCCAGACCACAACUGAACGUGCUGGGCGUCCUCGGGCCUUUGGACACAAACUGGCUCCUUGAGAACAAUAUCUUUGGUUGCCCACACCCUCACAUCCCCUCAGAUCACUUCUCCCUGUUUGCACAACUAGAGUUGGUCCUGCCUUAUCCUCCCCUUCUCAAUGGAGUCCACUUAGCUGGACACAGGUAGUGAGCCCUUCUGGCCACUGAUGGCGCUGCAGAGUCACAGUUCUUAUAAGUUUUCUGAAAAACGAUAAAACCUCUAAGCAAUUCAUAUAUAUAUAUAUAUAUAUAUAUAUAUAUAUAUAGUUUUUUUUCUUUCUACUAUCUUUAUUUUUUGGGGUCCAACAUGUUCCUGUUUGUCAGGGAGUUUCUUCUAUUUGUUAAGCUGUAGAUCUUUUUGUAUUUUUGUUGAAUCAUUCCCUCCCAUAGGCUAAAAUAUUAUCAUAAUUUUUUUUUUUUUUUUUAAUUGUUGGGCAUAGCUUGUGUGCAUUUAAAUGUGUCCAAACUGUAAGAGGAGGGUUACUCACUUGGUCACACAUUCAAAGAAAUUGCAGACUUGUUUUAAUUCCUUUUAUGGUCAGACCUUAAUACUUAAAAACCAGCCAUUGUUGCAAUUCUGAUCUUGCAAAUAAGCAUUAACCUUUCUUCCUUUAUGAAUUCAGCCUCAAUUUAAACAUGUUCUUUGAAGUAAUUUUUUCCACUUGGACUUGCAGUUGAAUUUAAUUUCAUACACGCUUGCAUAACUCACCUUUGGAUGAGUGACCAAUGUGUUUUACAGACCAAAUUCAUGAAGUAAAAUCAGUCCCCAACUGGGAAGGAGAGUGGAACCCUGAGAGCUUUUCCACUUGUGCGGUGCUGGAACUCGCUUUACAUCGGUGCUUCAUCUCCUGAUGUUUUUAUUCUCCCAUCAAUGGUGCAAUAUUUAGAACGUUUUAGACGUACUAAGCGAGGGCACUGUUAUAGAAUGUUUUUAACAAGCUUAGACAACAUAAAAAGCACUUAUUUGUCUUUCUCUCUCUCUCUCUCUCCCCUUUAGGUGGGAGUUGGAAAGGUGUGAGCUUAAUCGUUCUAAAAGUAAACCAAAUUAUUUUAGAUGUCUCGAUUCAGCGGCACUGCUUUUUGCACACUAUUGUUUUAACCCGUUCUAUGGAGGCAGGCUCUCUUUUUUUCUUUGUACGACAGGCUAUGUGAAUAAUUUAAACUGCGCUUAAUCUCACUGUGGUUACAAACAGGAGGUUUUUAUUAGAAAGGGAGGUUUUAUAUAAGACUAACCAGGGAGUCUUUUAACCAGCGAUUUCUCACUUAUUGGGUCGAAAAGGAUUUCCCAUACCUUUUCAUCCUCUCAUUACACACACAUACACAUCCUGGAAAGAUCUGUAGCACUGUUCUUAAGGCUAGUAAUGUUCUGUCCUAGCUGCAACCACCUUCUAUAUUGUAUCAGAGGGGUUCUCCCUGGUCUUUGUACAAAAUUGAAUCAAAUAUAUAUAAACGGACAGAUUUAGGCUUGACUUGAUUGUAUAUGAGCCACAUGCAAGAAUACUUUUUAAAAAAAAAGUUUUUUUUUUCUUUUUGUACUAAGAAUAAAUUAUGAUCCAAAUUCAGAAAAUUAAAAAGAUUGUAUUGUAAACUACAUUUUUAUCAGAAUUAAUCAAAACUUACCAGCUAGUAAAAAAGACAAAGAGGUUGUUCCUGGUUCUCGCUGCCAUACUUUUGCACUCAUUGCUCAUUUUGCACUUUUUUUUUUUUUUUACUCUAGUAACUUAUUUUCUUUUGUAAAUCUCGGAGUACAUGCUUUUCUUUUCCAUCCAAUCAUUCAUCUCAAGCUUGCUGUCAUAUACAUAAAGGGAGGGGAAUCGUGAAGCUCCGUAAUAUGCCAUCUGUCUAUGUGAAGUCAAGUCAGUAAUACUCCUGCCAUUCCUAUAUAUCGUGCAACUGUGUAUCUGUUUUGCUAACUCUUCGGUGAGCAACUCCCCAAACACUGGUGUUUUAAAAAAGUGGUGGAUGUUCAGUAGUUUCUUUUUAGAUUGCGUUAUGCUAUCAGUGUAUCUUUAUGUUCCUAAGAUCGAAGAGUCUUAAGAAAUCAGGUAUUAAGAAUGUUUUGAUCUUUAGUUAUUUAGUAUAUAUAUAUUAUUAAUUUUUUUUCCAAAUUUCUAAGUGUUCAUAAUUUUUGCAACAACACCAAACAUUUUAAAGUCCAGGCUGUGUAUAAUCCGGUAUACUUAAUUGUCAUAUUCAUAUUACAUGGCCAUAAUCUUUCCUGUGUAGUGCCAGUUCGAUGUGUUCUUCUAAAGCCAAUUAUAAGAGUUAGAUUUCCCACAUCUGGUAUUUCCGUGUGGGAUUUUAAUUUUUGAAACGAUCUCCACAACCUUUAGUUCGGAGUCUUUGGACCAAAUGAUCAUCUCUAAGACUUGUAAAUAAUGUCUGGUAGUGGUCUAUUUGUAGUUAGGUGUUUAGCACUUAAUGUAUUUUGGUUCACUAAACUGAUGACAUCACACGUUCAACAUGUCACAAAUCGGUUUCUUUCAACUAUGCAGCAGUAUCGCUUUUACGUCUUGCUAUGUUUUAGCAGUAUGAACCAGAGCAGUCUUUUGUUAUUUGGGGCCUCUUCACAAUAUUCUUCAGCGUUUUGUUUUGUCUUAAGUGACUAUGAAUUGUUUAUGGUAUUAUAGUAGAAAUGAGGUUAGCUUUUUUGUAAAGUGUGAAUAAAAUGUGUAUUGCAUAUUUCCUUUCUACAAAACAAAUGAAUUGUGUUGUGUGUGUGUGUGUGUAUAAUGAAUUCUCCUGCAUCAUUGGUGUUUCUUUUUGUUUAAUGAUCCGUUUCACAAUUCUUAACAUUGAUUAUUGGUCCUAGAACAUAUUUGCUACUCUGACUGAAUGGUAGAAGGAUGUGAAGUUGGUGCCCUCAGAUCGAUAAUGUUAAACCUUUAGAGCGUCCUGCUUGUUAGUAGACUAGUUUUUAUGACGUUUAUUGUCGUGAUGGAGAGCUGUUUGACACCAGGUGUUGUCGGAGAUGGCGUCUUGCUUAAAUUAAAAUGUAUGGUAUAAAGUAUAUGACUUGAUAUCUGUGCAUUUCAAUCAGUGAUAAGAUUGCUGCUUAAAGUGCUAGAAAAUAAUAUUGGUAAUGGAAACAAAAUUGUUUUCGGAUUCAUCCUUCCUAGACAAAAACAUUAACAAAAAAAAAAAAAAUUAAUUUUAAUAUUACACAUUCAACAUCCAUUCUUAAACUGAGAAACUGUGGAAUUAAUGGAGCAAGUCUUUCUUAACUGUCCUUCCAUCUUUUAGUUUUCAUUACCUCUUGCUUGCUUUCGGUUUUACCCUUUAUUAUUAUAACAUACUUUUCCAGCCUUGGUUUUUUUAAUACUGAAAACCUGCUGCAAUAAAAUUGUUAGAUUAGCUGGACCUUUUUGAUUUUUACCUCAAACACUUGUUUCGUAGAGGCCAAUGACCUUUUGUAGUAGUUUCUCUGUGACUAACACUGUACAUACCGUCAUGAGCCAUCAUGUAGUACAUGGGAUCAACUCUUGUUUACCAUUCAAGAUAAAGCCAGCAGAGAUACACAUCCAUAAUUUAAAAAAAAAAAGUUUUUGCGAUAUUCAAUGAAUGUUUAAUAAAAUCCAAAAAAGGCAGCUCUUAAAAAAAUCUCUGGAAAAGGAUGGUAAACAACUAUUUUCUCUCUGUUCUCUGUAUUCUUAGUUCUAGAGAUCUGUACAUAGAGGUUCCUUUACACCAAUGUAUUUUCCUAUCUAUGGUUGAUUAAUAAAUUCUUUCUGCUUCAUGA